GAGAUCGUCUUCUAUGUCGCGGUCAACGGAGUCAUCGGCUGUCUCGGCUGUCUGGCCAACGUCAUCAACAUCAUUGUAUUUGUUAAGCAGGUGAGUGUGUGCUGUCUGGCCACCUUAAUCAACAUCAUUGUCUUCAUUAAGCAGGUGAGUCUAAGCUGUCUGGCCAACAUCAACAACAUCAUUGUCUUCUUUAAGCAGGUGAGUCUAAGCUGUCUGGCCAACAUCAACAACAUCAGUGUCUUCGCUAAGCAGGUGAGUCUGUGCUGUCUGGCCAACAUCAAUAACAUCAUUGUCUUCGCUAAGCAGAUGAGUCUGUGCUGUCUGGCCAACAUCAAUAACAUCAUUGUCUUCAUUAAGCAGGUGAGUCUAAGCUGUCUGGCCAACAUCAACAACAUCAUUGUCUUCGGUAAGCAGGUGAGUCUGUGCUGUCUGGUCAACAUCAAUAACAUCAGUGUCUUUGUAAAUCAGGUGAUCUCGUGUUCUCUUUACGAUAUUUAUAAUCGAGUACCGUAAGCAAUAAACCGAUGAUCCGAAUAUUUAAGGCUCAUCUUGUUCAUGCUGAUAUAUCAAGCGCAGAGAUUUUUCAUAGAUUCCAAAAAUUGUAAUCGGUGAAUGGCACCAUUCUACUAGGUAACAAAGUUGUAAGUUACUGGACUUUUCGUGUUUUCUUGUUGUUUUAAAUCUUAUAAAAUGAAAAUCGUAUGGUGUUUGUUUAUUUUAUAACAACAUAUAGUUUGACUUUAUUGUACGCGUUGUUCUUGGGGGGGGGGGCAGGGAGGGGGGUGGCGGCCCCCCCCCCCCCCCAAUCCUACUGGAGAGAUGCCUGAGAGAAACACACAGAUGCUAUAUUGGACCAAUGUCCUUACAUAUUACAAUUUUACCAGAUAGCCGUAUGCCGAUAUCUAACCAGAUAACUAAGCGAUGUAGUAAUAUAGUCAAUGGGUUAGAUAAGCAGAUAUAUAUUGCACCAAUAAAUGUGUUCAAUCAGUGGCGUACCUAGUGGGGGCGAAAGGGGGUGGGGUUGGGGGUCUUAAAAGUUCAUUUUUUACCGUCUCUUACUAAUAUUAUAUAAUUUGUACGGGGGCGCAGUUUUGGAGCACACCCCGAGUGGCGUUAAAUAACCAAAUAACAUAUUUAACCAACCAUUACAUUGAUCGAAAACGUCGGUUCUCAACCUGUGGGUCGCGACCCUUUUGGGGAUCGAGCGUCCUUUACACAUGGGUCACAUAAGACCAUUGGAAAACAAAUUAUGAAGUCGCAACGAAAAUAAUUGUAUGUUUGGGGGCACCACAACAUGAGGAACAUGAUUAAAGGGAUGCGGCUUUAGAAAGGUUGAGAACCACUGAUCUAAAACAUACUUAACCAGCCAUUACAUUUAUAUAACACAUAUUCAACACAACAUUGCAUUAAUCUAAAACAUAUUCAACACACCAUUGCAUUAAUCUAAAACCUGUUCAACUCACCAUUAAACGCCUCACGUUAACCUAUUCAACAAGGCAUUCAUUUAUUCACCGAUCCGUGAAUUUAUUCAGCCAACCUGACAUUUACCUACCAGGGUUUCAAAGACUCGGUCAACAUCAGCUUGUUUGGCCUGGCCGUGUCCGACCUGGGAAGUCUCGUGGCGAUCGUCUGGGAGAGUGUGUGCCUUAACCCACUUUUCUUUGACAGCGGAAGUGCAUUUUCAACUGUCGACAUUCACUACCUGACGUCAGGUAGAACACUUAUCAUUAUUAUUAUUACACACCUUUAACCGAUGCUUUAGUUACAAAAUGGAAAUUUUUUUUUUAAACUCUUAAAAACCUGAACUCUAUACUUUAUGACCUUAACAAAAAGUCAGCAUUUCUCAGGGGAAUAAAACAUAGCGUGCAUUUAUAGUUUGGGGCUCAGAUAAAUGAAUAGAAUAUUCUGUUUAGAUUUCCACACAAAAAAAUAGAGUACGCUAUUUAUAUAAACAAACAGACUGGGCAUUUCAGAUAUAUUUAAAAUGUAUUGUGCGAUUAAGAAAACCUUAUAGACAGUGGCGACGCUACACCAGGUCCCGCCGGGUCCCAGGACCUGGUAAAUAAACUUGGGACCUGGCAAAUGACCUGGUAAAUUUUUAUUAGUUACUAAUAUUGUAUAUAUGCUCAUUAAGCGUCAACUACAUUACAUGUAGGAGAACUUCCAUUUUAAAUGCCUUUUUAUGUUUAAUUUUUUAUUUGUAAUACAUUUAUUUGGGACCCGCCAAUUUUUUUUAAGACCUGCAAGGGACCCGCCAUGUUAAAUUUCUGAUGGCGUCGCCACUACUUCUAGAUGUUCAUGUUUUGAUAAAUCAAUCGUGACAUAAAAGAAACCCGUCUACUUCUUUCAGAUUUUGGGGGGUAAGAACGUGGCAAUGCGGCAGGGAGAGCGGUGCUUUAGCUUUGGGGUUUGUUUGGCCGUGGCGUGGUAGGAGACGCGUGGGACUGGAGAUGGUUCGGCCAUGGCGUGGGAGGAGACGCGUGGGACUGGAGAUGGUUUGGCCAUGGCGUGGGAGGAGACGCGUGGGACUGGAGAUGGUUCGGCCCAUGGCGUGGGAGGAGACGCGUGGGGCUGGAGAUGGUUCGGCCCAUGGCGUGGGAGGAGACGCGUGGGGCUGGAGAUGGUUUAACACAACUUUUCCAUUACCUUUUAGUCAAUAUCACCAUAAAUAGAGUCUCAAGUUCCUAAAAUUUCGUGGCAAAAUGACAUUUGUGGUAGAGAGUAGAUAGGGAAACUCCGGAUGGGAAUAAUUUCUUAGGAUUCAUUUUGCAUGUGCUCAGUCUCUUGUUUUGAAAUGGAAAAGGUACUCAACGCGUCCCCCCCCCCAACUGUAUCUUCAAAUGAUGUUAGAUUCCGUCGCCUUCAUGUUCAAAAUAUUCUGCAUUUCAGCGGUCCCCCACGGGAUUUUUGUGAGGAUCGCCUGGUGGAUCACGACAUUCAUCACCUUCGAGAGGUGUCUUUGCAUCGCCAUGCCGCUCAAGGUCAAGCAGAUCAUCACCCCGAGACGCACCGUCUACAUCAUCGUCGUCAUCUUCGUCCUAACAUUCCUGGGGAUGUCGCCGCUGAUCAUGGCCAACCGCAUCGGACCCGUGUUCGUCCCGGCGUUGAACAGGACCCAGGUUGUCCGAAUCUACCGCGAGAACGGACUGUUCAUAGAAAACUUGGGUCUGAUGUUCAACAUAUCGUUUCAGUUCGGUUCUUUCAUCAUCGACUUCAUCUGCACCGCCAUCAUCAUUCAGCAGCUUAACGUCAAAUCGAAAUGGCGGAACGAGUCUGCGCAGAUUUCCGGCUCCGGCGCGAAAGAGGGGCUAGCGACGCGUGACCGUAAGGUGGUGAAAAUGGUGACGCUCAUCUCCGUGAUCUUCAUCGCCUGCCUCAUGCCGAGCUGUGUGAACUUUCUUCUCGGCAUCGUCCUGGCCCCCGAUUACACGAUCAUGGGGAGGCAGCAGAACCUCUUCCUCGUCAUCUGGUCGACCAUCUUCACCCUGGAGUCCAUCAACAGCUCCGUGAACAUCUUCGUCUACUACAACAUGAGCUCAAAGUUCAAGGCCGUGUUUGAUGAUCUCUUC